UUUCGUACAAGUUUGUGUAACAUAUCCUGGGAACUCGCAGUUCAUGUUACUGUGGUGUUCCCAUUGGUUCGUCUCAGGAUCGAAAAUUUCAACCGAAGUAUGACCACGUCCGCCAAUAGCAUACAGUUUUCCAUUGACAGCAGCCAGUCCUAAAAUUUGCCAUGGAGCACGGCAGAACCAUGA